AUGACCUCUUCGAUUCAAAUCGACUCUAGCGGCAAAAGUUCCUCUAAUCGAGAUCCAAUCAGCUCGUCUUCUGCGUCUACUUCUCACGACCUAGCUUUAUUAGAGGCCGCAACUAUGGCUGAAGUUCAUCGUAAGGGUAAAGCUCGUGUUUCCAGUGGGGAUGACGCCGAGUCUAAUCUGUUGAAGGCCCACAGGGGAACCGACGUCCUACUGGGAUCGGAACUUCCAAAGCCACAGGCUCCUUCCCCCUGGUGCUCGGCGUAG